AUGAGUAGUCCAAGAGGAUGUUGUUUAUAUAGGCAUAGAAGUUCAGAUAGUUCGUGCUUUCCUUGCAUAUAUUCUUCGUCUCGAAAUGCAAGCAGAAAACCCGACCAGACAUCGAGCAAGAACUAUGAUUUUAUGUCUGCAGCUUCUUCAUUGAACAGAAGCGGGAAUUUAAGAUCAAUGCCUCCUCAUCUGAACUCAAUGAAUGCCAGCAGCGGCAGGAGCAGCAACCCAAUCAUGUAUUCCAAUUCAUCUGGGAUGCUGAAACCCCCACCAAUCGAGAAAAAACUGGAAUGCACUCUGGAAGAGUUGUGCUACGGAUGCAAGAAAAAUAUGAUGAUCACAAGGGAUGUCCUCACAGAUACAGGGGGAAUAGUUCGAGAGGAAGAAUUGCUAACGAUAAAUGUGCAACCUGGAUGGAGGAAAGGAACAGAGAUUAAAUUUGAAGGAAAAGGGAAUGAGAGACCAGAAGCAUACAGAGAAGAUAUAGUAUUUAUUAUCUCCGAGAAAAGACACGAGUUAUUUAGAAGAGACGGGGAUGAUUUGGUAUUGAGAGUUGAGAUUCCCUUAGUAAAGGCACUUUCUGGGUGUACGAUAUUGAUUCCACUGUUGGGUGGAGACCACAUGAAUCUUAAACUUGACGACAUCGUACACCCUGGCUAUCAGAAGAUCGUCCCUGAACAAGGCAUGCCUAUCUCCAAAGAACCAGGAAACAGAGGAAACUUGAUUGUUACGUUUCGAGUUGUGUUUCCGACACAUCUCACAAGUAAUCAAAGAUCAGAGGUUGUUCGUAUUUUACAGGAUUCUUGA